UCAGUUGACCACAAUGAAAGAUCCCGUUGCUUUGCAGCUAAAAAUGACACCCUUAUCACUUUACGUUAUGAUGUUGUAGUACUUCGUCUGAGGUGUUGAGUUUGUUUCCGCAGAAGUUCUAGUCGGUGGAAAUAUUAGAGGGCUGCUGUUGUGCCCGCCUGUGCACAAUGCAUCCGAUGCCUGUGUGCUCUGCCGGCGGUGGAGACAUAUUUGACUGUGUGCAGAGAGGAAAUGUUGAACAGUGUGUACACUUUAUUCAGAAUGAUCGAUCAGUCCUCAAGCAAAAAGGCUGGGGUGGUUUCACCCCACUGCACUAUGCUGCCCUCCAUGGUAACCGUGCUCUGGUUGAGCUCUUUCUAAGUCAUGGAGCUGACCCCAACCUGACUUGUGAUGCAGGACAGACGGCCUUUCAUUUUGCCUGCAGGCAAGGGAACAUCUAUGUCAUGCACCAAAUGAUGCAGUAUGGGGCUGACUUGCGCCUCAUAGACCUGCAGGGAAAAACCUCUCUGCAUCAUGCAGUGACUGGAGGCAACAUUGUUGCAGUGCACUACCUUUGGGAGACUGGAAUGUUCCGGUUCUCUGACACAACCAUGCACCAGGUCACACCACUUCACCUCGCUGCAUCCACCGGCAACACAGAGGUGGUCCGAUAUCUUCUCAGAGACCAGAGAUGUGCAGUGGAUGCGGUCGACCAACAGGGGGGGACAGCGCUCCAUGUUGCUGCAGAGAGGGGGGGAGUGGAGGUGUGCUGGACGUUGCUGCAGAGAGCAGGUUACAGGAUGCUCCACCAGAAGAACCACAGUGGCCUCACACCUCUGGACCUCUGCAAGCAGGGGAAGACAUUUCGACAUCAGCAACUCACCAAGCUACUGAGUUGGUGCAUUAACGAGCCAGUACACCGUAAACCCAAAGAGUCUCAUGUUCUGUACUACUGGACGUUGUUGUUUCCAACGCUGAGUGGAGCUGCCAUCCUGCUGAUAGCUGCCAUGCUCGGAGGCUACGGUGGGCUCAUUUGUGGCCUGCUCUUCCCCUGGCUGGCCCGGAGCAUCUUCACCCAGUAUCACCGCAUGACCACCUACCAAAGGUUACCCAACCCCAUCUACCUGGGAACACUCAUAGCCGGCCUGUUCCAUUCCUUGCUCUGCUUCUAUGGGAAAAUAAUGCCUAGUAUGUGGUCAACCGGUGCACUGGUCCAAGUGUCCAUGGUCCAUUUCUCCCUAGUCCUUGGUUUGUUCUGUAAGGUUCUGAUCCAGGACCCUGGGACGCUGGACAGAGUGGACUCCGACCCUCGUUUCUCCUGCAUUGCUGACCUGGUGGAGAACAACCAGAGCCCUCACAGGUUCUGCCCCUACUGUGAGCUGUUUCAGCCUGACUACAGCAAACACUGCAAGCUGUGCGAUGUGUGUGUGAAGGACUACGACCAUCACUGCCUCUUUCUCAACCGCUGCGUCGGCCGGAGCAAUCACCGCCUCUUCCUCCUCUUCCUCCUGUCGAUGGUGAUUGCCCACCUUCUCUUUGUCACCAUAGCGAUGAAUUACUUGUACGGGAAGAUGUCUGUGGGCAAUCACAGCUUGUCAUCGUGGCUGACCAUGUUAGGGGCCGAGUUUUGGGUUGUGGUCAUGGUGAUUAUGAACGCACUGACGCUUCUCUGGGAGGUGUGGUUACUGACUGAACAGUUUGAUGCCAUCGCCAUGGGAACCACAACCUACUUCCGACAGUGUGAAACCUCUGCUCGACAGAGAUCCCUAGGACAGCGAUGGGUUACAGUGGUGUCAUUUCUAUUGGAGGGAAGAAGACGGGUGGGAAGGGCACAAACAAGACAGGAAAAAACUGCUAUAGACAUUUAGAGACUGUCAGUGUGUCUGAAAAAGUUUGUGUCUUUGCUCACUUAUAAGAUCUGUUUACAGUGUCCUUGGUCUGUACUCAAAGCCUCUUUAGAUUCCUUAAUAACUGUGACUAUUGCCACCAGGUUGUACAUGAGCAUAACAUUAGGUUAUAUCUUGGUAUUAUAUUUUAAUAUAGUAGACAUACAGCAGAUUUGUCAGCAAAGUGGCUAGCAGGCUAACUACUACCGUUUUAGACUUUAACCUCUCAAGUUAGUUUUUAGUGAACUCACUGAGCUAUUUUAAGCAAACAGCGUUUUCAGUAACAUCUUGGUUUACGUUUUUCUGUGGAGCUUAACGUAAAGCACGGGACAUUUCUACAACUGUGUUUUAGCAGGAAAUGCUUCUGGUGGCUUGAAUGUCAUGCCUCACACCUGUUUUAUAUUCCGUCAGAACCACACUUUUUAACCUCAGUGUUAUUGUUGUUUUAAAUAAUAAUAAAAAAAAAGUGUUACAUGGG